AUGAUGACCACCAACGUCUGGCUGAAGCAGGAAUGGAAUGACUACAAGCUGCGCUGGGAUCCGGCCGAGUACGACAACGUCACCUCCAUCCGGGUGCCCUCCGAGAUGAUCUGGAUCCCGGACCUCGUCCUGUACAACAACGCCGACGGCGAGUUCGCGGUGACGCACAUGACCAAGGCCCACCUCUCCUGGGACGGCACGGUGACGUGGGUGCCGCCGGCCAUCUACAAGAGCUCCUGCAGCAUCGACGUCACCUUCUUCCCCUUCGACCAGCAGAACUGCAAGAUGAAGUUCGGCUCCUGGACCUACGACAAGGCCAAGAUCGACCUGGAGAACAUGGACCACCACGUGGACCUCAAGGACUACUGGGAGAGCGGCGAGUGGGCCAUCAUCAAGGCCGUGGGCACCUACAACUCCAAGAAGUACGACUGCUGCACGGAGAUCUACCCCGACAUCACCUUCUACUUCGUCAUCCGGCGCCUGCCGCUCUUCUACACCAUCAACCUCAUCAUCCCGUGCCUGCUCAUCUCCUGCCUCACCGUGCUGGUCUUCUACCUGCCCUCGGACUGCGGCGAGAAGAUCACGCUCUGCAUCUCCGUGCUGCUCUCCCUCACCGUCUUCCUGCUGCUCAUCACCGAGAUCAUCCCGUCCACCUCGCUGGUCAUCCCGCUGAUCGGCGAGUACCUGCUCUUCACCAUGAUCUUCGUCACGCUCUCCAUCAUCAUCACCGUCUUCGUGCUCAACGUGCACCACCGCUCGCCCAGCACGCACGCCAUGCCGCCCUGGGUCCGCAGGCUGUUCCUGGGCCUCAUCCCGCGCUGGCUCUCCAUGAAGAGGCCGCCGGCGCCGCCGCCGCCGCCCCGGCAGGGCGCGGCGGGACAGUACGACCGCCCCGGCACGCGGCUCAGCACGUCGCGGUGCUGGCUGGAGACCGACGUGGAUGACAAGUGGGAGGAGGAGGAGGAGGAGGAGGAGGAGGAGGAAGAGGAGAAAACCUAUCCCAGCCACCCCGUGGAAUCCAAGGAAACGCAAUUCCGCUAUGGCGACGGCGGGAAGGAAUCCGCGGGUUCGGGAUCGCGCGGAUCAUCCAAGGGGAAGGAGGAGAAGGAGGAGGAGGAGGAGAAGGAGGAGGAAGGCUUGGAGCAGGGCUUGGCGCUGUCUCCCAGGAUGCUGAAGGCGCUGGAGGGGGUGCAGUACAUCGCGGAUCACCUGCGGGCCGAGGACGCCGACUUCUCCGUGAAGGAGGACUGGAAGUACGUGGCCAUGGUGAUCGACCGGAUCUUCCUGUGGAUGUUCAUCAUCGUCUGCCUGCUGGGCACCGUGGGGCUCUUCCUGCCGCCCUACCUGGCCGGGAUGAUCUAG